AUGAGCCACCUCCUCCUCAGCUGGACCUCCGGAAGAGGAGAGCCUGUGUCCUUCCUGCAAGAAACGCGUCAGCUGCAGCUCCUGCACUUCGGGCUCUUCCGGGGCAUCUACUUGGCUGCACUCCUGGGCAACGGCCUCAUCCUCACAGCCAUAGCCUGCGACCACCGCCUCCACACCCCCAUGUACUUCUUCCUCCUCAACCUGUCUCUCCUUGACCUGGGAGAGUUUUUUCUCCUCACCAUCAUGGCUUGUGACCACUACAUUACCAUCUGCAAACCCCUGCAUUAUGGGACAAUAAUGGACAGCAGAACUUGUGUCAACAUGACAGCAGCUGCCUGGGGCUGUACUAUUCUCUAUGCUGUGCUGCACACCGCCAAUACCUUUACCCCCACCCUAUGCCAAGGCAAUGUCCUGGAGCAGUUCUUCUGUGAUAUUCCCCAGAUCCUCAAGCUCUCCUGCUCUGAUGCCUACCUAAGAGAGGUUCGGCUUCUUGUGGUUAGUUUCUGUAUUGCAUUUGUGUGUUUUGUUUUAAUUCUUUUCUCCUAUGUGCAGAUCUUCAGGGCUGUGCUGAGGAUCCCCUCAGAGCAGGGACGGAACAAAGCCUUUUCCACAUGCCUUCCUCACCUGGCUGUGGUUUCCCUGUUCAUCAGCACUGGCACAUUUACCUACGUAAAGCCUCAUUCCAUGUCCUCUUCAUCCCUGAAUCUUUUGCUGGCAGUUUUGGACUCAGUGAUACCUCCGGUACUGAACCCCAUCAUCUUCAGCAUGAGGAACCAGGAGCUCAAGGAUGCAGUGUCCAAAGUGAUGACUGGGUGUUUUUCAAAAGGAAUAAACUGCCUGUCUUCUGCAUAUCACUCGUAA